CUCUAAAACAAAAAGUAGUCUGGAAUCAAGAGUCUAUAGAACUUUAAACUUAACUUUAAAGCUAAAUCUAAAUGUUGUGUGGCAUUAAUUAAUACCAAAUUUUGUAAUUAUCAAAAUUUCCUGUUAUAGUAGUUUAAGACAAUUGGAACCGUUCGUCUUAUGUUAAAUAUACGGACACAUAGGCAAGCGAAAUGAUAGAUUCUUAGAAAAUCUUAUACAAUUCUUCACUCGUUAGAUGAUUCGGAUAAACGGACACAUUGUGUAUAAUUUGAAGUUUAGUACCAAUCAAUUAACAAGGUAUGAAGAAAUUUGAGGGCUUCGAAGCGGUGUUGCUAUUAUUAUGGAUCACAGUGGCAGCGGCUUCCGCCAGUGUAACAAAAGAAGUCGAAUUUCCAAAGAAAUAUCGGGAAGUCACUAAGUUGCGGCAGUUGGCAAUAGAAUUUGUCGAUUAUUUACAGAAUUUCACAACUGAGGACUUUCAAAAAGAUGACUCCAGCUUGAGACUAAUCGAAGAAAAUUCGAAGUGUUUUUUUGAUUUUGCAUUGCUAAUCAAGGGCCUAGUCUCGAGCGAACAAUGGGCCGGGCAAAUGAUUGACUCAUGCGGUUCGCUGCCAUCUGGAGUACUUUAUGGCAACUACAGGGAUCUUGGCAACUAUGAUGAAUGUGUAAAUAUAAACCAGGAGAUUACAUCUAGUGGCAGUGUAACGGGAAAGUACUGCUUUGCGGCUGUUCCCAAGCUACUGCUUGGUUUAAAUGCAGAUGUGAGCAUUGCGAUCUGCUUUCCGUCCUCAUGUGCGGCCGCUAUCAUGGACACAUUGCUUCGUGGACUUCUUCAUCAACUCCUUGGUCAAAAGCUUAGUAAUGAUUUUAAAGUAGUCAAUGAAUAUACUUGCAGGAUAGCGAAAAGAGAUCCUAUUUAUGGUCUUACUAUAUUUACCAUAGUAAUUUUGUUUAUAAUGGCUUUACUUGUUCUACUUGCCACAUUAUAUGAUUAUGUUUUGGACUCAAUGCAACUUCCUACACUUAUCGAAGUAUUCUCAGCUCGAGCAAGCUCGCGUUCUCUAUUCCGCUUUGAGGAUGGCAAAUUAAAUCCCAAUGUCAUUGAUUGCAUUCAUGGUAUGCGCUGCAUGUCUCUUAUUUGGGUCGCACCUCUCCACAUCCAACAAUGGCCAUUCAAAAUUCAGAUGAUAUAUUGCAGUGGUCUAAAACGAUAUUCUCAGAAAUUUUCGGAUUUUCUUUUGCUGUCGACUCUUUCUUCUUUAUCACCGGCUUGUUGUUGGUAUUUUGUAGCAUGCGAACUUUUGAGAAAUCUAAGGGAAAUAUAAAUGUGUUCAUGUUGUAUCUGCAUCGUUACCUACGUCUUACACCACUUUUGGCAUUUUCCAUACCAAUCUACAUGAAAAUUCUUCCCCUGCUGGCAGAUGGCCCUUUCAUAGGAUUUGAAGAUUAUAAUGCCGGUUGCAAAAAGACAUGGUACAAGACUUUGUUGUAUGUGCAAAAUUAUAGCAGAAAAGAUAUUUGUCUGUCUCACACCUGGUAUCUGGUAGCCGCUGAUAUGCACCUUUAUGUGGUUUCAGUUCCUCUAGUUAUUGCCCUCUAUAAGUGGGGUAAAAAGGCAGUUGUUGGCAUUAUGGUGCUUAUUUCAUUACUGGCUGUAUGUCUCUUCUUUGCACACUAUAUUAUGUAUUACCGAACCCCCCUCAACUUGGACUACUUCGCCUCACACACUCAUUUUUAAUUGGAUUACUCUGUGGCUCCUUUUUGCACAUAAAUCGCGGAAGGAGCUACGAAUUGCAUCGCAUUAUAAUCUGUCUAGGAUGGUUAAUUAGUUUGGGCCUUCUCUUGACCAGUGUUUUUUCUAAAAGCUACUGUUUCGCCAAAAAUUGGUCCCAUUUGCAGCAAACCUUUCAUUUAACCCUUUCUCGGAUAGCGUGGUUAUUGGGUCUGUGCUGGGUAGUCUUUGCCUGUACGCAGGGCUGUGGUGGACCGGCCAAUAUUUUUCUAUCAUCACCUUUAUGGCAGCCAUUAUCUAAACUCUCGUAUUGUAUUUACCUAUUCCAUAUGUUGUUUGUGGUUCUCAAUGUGAACGUUAUACGAACAAGCACCUAUUUUAGUAAUUACAGUUUGAUGCUUCGUUUCUGGGGCGUGUUCGGUUUCACAGUAUUGUUUUCGUACUUGAUGCACAUUAUUAUUGAGGUUCCAUUAAGUAACCUGAAAAGCCUUUUGCUGCCCACUCAUAGAAGUGCAAGAAGGGAAGGCCACAGACAAACUUAGCUAACAAGAGAAGUAUCCAAGGUGAUAAGCGAUUUAAUUAUGCGAUUUACCAAUCAAAAGGAUCUAUCGAGUCUUUAAAAUUAUACGCCUGAGGUGUCUCGUUUAAUUGUCAUGGAUAGCACAGCGUUGAUAUCGAUGUAGCUUAAUCGCUAUAGAAUAAAGGUUAUUGUAUAAACAAUAUGUAUAUAAGAAUAAUUAUAUAAGUAGACAAGGUGAAUUAAAUGUAGGCUUCUACACGAGUGUAUACCGCCUGUCAAAUAUCUUCGGUAAAGUUCUGGAGAUAACAAUAAGUUAAUUAUAAUAACUGUACUGCAUGGAAGAGCUAUUCAGUGCUAGAUCUGCAUGUCACAACAAAAUUCUAUCGGUACAUUACUUAUGUCAAAUUGGACAACCGACACUGCCAACUGGCCCUAAUUAUCAAAUGAUGCGCACCGACAAGAAACAGCAUCAGCAACAUCGACGGAAACAGCAGCAACAGAAACCUCGGCAACAUUUCUCCUGCAAUCAAAUCAAUUUGCAUGGCCCUAACUCGUCAACUGAUCUCACUACAAUGAUAAUUAAAUUAACCAUUGCGUUUUGAAGGCAAUCGAAUUAAAAUAUUUGAUAUAUUUUUCAAUUUAA